UUCUAAAAGAAAGUUGCUGAAACACGUGUCUUCGUUUACAUUAUUUUAGAAGUGAUUGCAAAAUUUAAAAUGCCAUCUGAAGAUAGCGGAAUAAACUGGGCAGAUGCCGCCGAUGCAGCUAAGUCAAGUUGGGCCGAUCAAGUCGAAGAAGAAGAAACAGUUAACGGAGAUUUGCCGCCGUUAUCGCAAAGUGUUGUGGGUGAUAUCAAAACUGUCGUCGAAUAUAAAUAUAAUGAAGACGAUAAGAAAGUAAAAGUAGUGAGAAAGUACAGAAUAGAAACACAGAAAACAUCAAAAUCUGUAGCGCACAGAAAGUUGUUGAAGAAAUUUGGGAAAUCUUCAAAUGACUUGUCUGGACCAAAUAGAGCUACGACCAUCAUCUCGGAGGAUGUUCAAAUGCAGUUCGUGAGUACAAGGGAAGAAGAGAUGAUGCAAGAACAAGAAGAUCCAACAUUAUCCAAGUUCAAACACCAGUUGCAAUAUUAUAUGUUUUUCAAGAAUUUCAAAGCGACCGCUCCCAAAGAUAAAACCACUGAAGAAGAAAGGAAGCCAGAAGAAGAGAAUGCAAGUAAUGCACCAAGCAAAUAUGUUCCACCGAGCAUGAGAAGCGGAGGGAAUACCGUUGGUUCAUCGAUGCCAUCUGGACGAGGCAACCGCGAUGAACAAGCUACCAUUAGAGUCACAAACCUUUCCGAAGAAACCAAGGAAUCAGAUCUUCAGGAGCUUUUCAAACCAUUUGGUCCACUUCAAAGAAUCUAUCUUGCGAAGGAUAAACAUACACAACAGUCCAAAGGUUUUGCUUUCAUAAACUUUUACAACCGAGAUGAUGCAGCCAAAGCUAUAAAGUCUGUGUGUGGGUUUGGGUAUGACCAUCUCAUCCUUAAUGUUGAGUGGGCUAAACCUUCCACACCAUCAACAAGCUAACUGUUUUCUUGUAUUGUUAGAAAAGUAUUUUAAAAGAAACUUUUUGGGGGUGUAAAGAAUAGUCUACUGUAUAUCUUAUUGUUGUUAAAAAGAGAAAACUUGCAAAGUAAUAUGGGUUAUAAGAUGUUUGUUAAAGCAUGGUAAAAAUAUUUGGUGAAACUGAUUCUACUAUUUUGUGAAUAUAAUGUAUGUCACAGAAAUCUUUUGAGUGAUAAAGAAAAGAUUAAUGAAUGGU